UGUGGUCUACUGUACAUUGUACACUGGUUUAGGAAAAGGACAUAUGAGGACAUCCUUGAGUUCAUUCAAGAAGACCUGCAGUGUAGCAGGGGGACAGAAGGAGAGUGGGGGGGAUAGAGGGAAAUCCUCCCUCUGAUAUUGAGCAAGACUGUUUUACUUAUUUUCUUUGCCGCUGUUACAAAAUGCUGAAGUUCUUCAGUGCCCGGGACGAUGAGAAUGAAAGCCUCUUGGGUGCAUUGACAGACGAUGAAUCGGAUGCUCCGUCUCUGAUGGAUGCUAAGCACCACUGGCUCAACAGACCCUGUCUGCUGAUGCUCAAGGAUGGUGAUGUCACAAAGCCAGGACAGCUGGGCUGUGGUCACAUCGGAUCAGAGUCCCCUGCAAAAUCCAAAAUCCAUUCAAAGGGGGUCCUGAGCCCAGGGGCGACAAAAGAGGGUCCCAUUUCCCAACUAGAGACCCCCGCUCAGAGGCUGAUGAGACAGCUGGAGGAUGGGAACAGCGCUGUGACAACUCUCUCCAACUGGGGAGAGAGGCAUUUCGGGAAGGCCUCCACCCCUUUGAUGCUCAUACCCUCCAAAGCGGCUGUGCCAGAGGUGGAGAUGAAGGAGGAGAAGAAGAGGCCUCAGCUGCCCUCCUUCAAGGAGGACUCUGUGGUUGAGGAGAAGGAGCUGGAAGAGAGUGAACGUAAGCUGCAGGACUCACCCAGUGGCUCAGACGGCAUAGGUCCUGACAUGGAAAACACGUCUGAUCGUCCUGUGGAGGAGCUCUAUGAAGGCAGCCAGACCCAGGGGCCCAGACUGGGGCUUCAGAACCAGACCAAAGCCAACGGGCUAACUAAUGAUGAGACUAACGCCAACAGAGCACAGGCAGACAGUGAAGAGGGAGCUGUGGGGGACUGCACGCCUUCCCCUAUGUCUCCGUCAGUGGAUCCAGACAAUGAGCUACAGGCCGGCCCCGCGGGCAUUCUGUCCAGGGAGCGAGGCACUAUCCUGGGGGAGGUGGCCCCCGUGUGGGUCCCUGACGCCCAUACGCUGGUCUGUAUGAUGUGUGAAGUCAGGUUCACCUUCACAAAGAGAAGGCACCACUGCCGCGCCUGUGGCAAGGUAUUCUGUUCAGUGUGCUCCGGUCUGAAGUUCCGACUAACACACCUGGAUGGGAAGGAGGGGCGUGUCUGUGUCUCCUGUCACUCAACUCUAGUGAAAAGAACCCCUCCCAGGGGGAGAAGGAGGGUGUGGUUUGCUGAUGAAAUCCUAUCCAAUGAGAAAUCAGACUCUGCUCCUUGUACACCAAUCAGAGGCCCCACCUUCUCACCGCUAUUAUUGAGGAGAAGUAUAGCUGCUACAAUCAGAAGCGCCACUGGCUCACCACAGACCAGCAGGAGGACACCAACAGCACAGGGGCCGCCCCUGCUCAAUCCUCUGCAGGAGGUGUGUGGGCCCUGUGGCUGGGGUACAGCAACCCUGGUCAGUAGCCACAUCAGUAGCUCUGCCAACCUCAUCCCACUGGAUGGCCUCCCUCCCAUCCUCACCUCUACUGGAGUCAAAGGAGACUACACGGUGGAGGAAAGGCCCUCUGAGAGGGUUCUCAUCCAGGACCUGGAGAGCGGCAGGCCCAACUCCCUGGUCUUUGUCCUCAACGCCAACCUACUGGCCAUGGUCAAGCUAGUCAACUAUGUAAACAGGAAGUGCUGGUGUGUGACGUCGAAGGGCAUGCACGCGGUGGGCCAGGUGGAAGUGGUGGUGCUGCUGCAAUGUCUGGCCGAAGAAAAGAGCUUCCCCAAAGACAUCUUCAGCCACUUUAUACAGCUCUACAGGGACGCCCUCACAGGCAAGGUACUGAGCCACCUGGGUCUCUCCCAGUUCUCCAGUAGUUUCCUGGGCUGUGAGGAGCAUGCCGGGUUCCUCUGGGUGCGCGCCACCCUCCAGUCCCUGCAGGGUCUCCCUAUGCCCAACCAGCCCUUUCUCUUUGGCCUGCUGAUCCACCGGGCUGAGGUGCCCUGGGCCAAGGCUUUCCCCCUGCGCCUCAUGCUCAGAUUGGGGGCUGAGUACAGAUUUUACCCCUGUCCUCUGUACAGCGUGCGCUUCAGGAAGGCUCUGUUUGGGGAAACCGGCCACACCAUCAUGAGACUACUAGUAGACUUCAGGAAUUACCGGUACACUCUGCCAGUGGUGCCUGGACUCACUGUAGAUCUGGAAGCUCAGAGGACCUGCAUUAAAAUCCCUACCAACGGCUAUGAUGAGCUGAUGAAGGCUUUGAAUAAAUCCAAUCAGCAUGUGCUGGCCAUGGCGGCAUGCUUCAACGUGGCUGCAGACUCCCACCUCAUCUGUGUUCAGGGGGACGAUGGCGAAUACCAGACCCAGGCCAUCAGCAUCCACAAUCAGCCUCGCAAAGUUACUGGUUCCUGCUUCUUUUUGUUCAGUGGAGCCCUUAAAGCAGCAUCAGGAUAUCUGGCCAAAUCCAGCAUCGUUGAAGAUGGGCUGAUGGUGCAGAUCACCGUGGAGACCAUGGUGGAGCUUCGCCAGUCGCUACGGGAGAUGAAAGACUACAACAUCUCCUGUGGGCGGAUCGACCAAUCAGACAGCCAGGAGCAUGUCCAGGUCCAAUGGCAAGAGAAAGAAUGCACUGUAAACAAGGGGGUUAUUAGCCCCAUUGAUGGCAAGUCCAUGGAGUCCAUCAGCAGUAUCAAGAUGUUCCAGAAGUCUGAGUACAAGGCCAAUGGAAAGGUCAUCCGCUGGACAGAGGUGUUCUCCCUACAGAAGGGGGGUCAUCCUAAGAGCCAGGGUGACCACCAUACAGAACACAGCAGGCUCACAGAGAGACUGGCCCGGGCAUUCUGCCUGGCACUGGGCCCACACCUCAAGUUGUUGAAGGAGGAUGGUAUGGCCAAACUGGGGCUGCGCGUCACACUGGACUCCCACCAGGUGGGGUUUGUGGCCGGCAGUAACGGCCUGCCCCUCCCAGCCCCGUACCUCAACGCCCUGGAAACCGUGCUGAUUCCCAUCAUCCACAGCAGGGGGCGCAAGAGGAGCGAAGAACCCUUAGUCAUGGAGCUCAUUUUCUAUAUCCUGGAGAACAUUUCCUAGGGGAAAGGGGGUCAAAGUGCACACAUUCAUCCCCACAUCAUCCGCUCUCCAUUUGUGCUGGUGUGAGUUCGAUAGCUUCAAAACAGCAUUGGUUGGAGGAGUAAGCUCUUUUAUGGGACAUAGAAACUCACCUCCAGGAUGUACUUCUCAGCCAGCCUGUAAGAAAGGGUGGCUGCAUGGUAAGUGGUCUGACUCACCAAAGCUCACCCUGCCUUGGCCUCAGCAGCAGUAAAUAUUUAAUGGCUUGAGAACAGUACAUUUCUGUAUAUUUUCAAUAAAUAUCCAUAUUUUGAGAAUGCCUUUAAACUGGGGGCUGUAUUCAGUUCCAAUGGGAAAAUGAGAAUGACUUGAAAUGUUAUGUAUCAGUAGACCUGUAGCUAGCUGUUUGAUGCAAACUGAAUUAAUUCAUGUUUAAUAACGUUUUCAAAUUCGGAUGCAUUUUAAUUCCUCUCGAUUAAACCCGAAAUGCAUUACAGUCAACCUAGGAUGAAUAAACAUAUUAACACAAAGGA